CAAGGGAAACCACACCGUCAUGGCAACCUGGCUGACGCUUUAAGAAACUGCACUUCCUGUUGGUAAACUGUGAAAGUGACCAAUUUAAUACGCGGAAACAGUUUUUCCUCCACUGUUAACUUGUAGUUUAUCUUCAGGAAACUUAACUUAGCGAUGACUUUCUUUAGCCGACUCUUUUUUUUCUCGAAAGGCUGAAGGCAGGAAAACAAGCUGAGCUCUUCUCGCACUCUUCCGUCCUGCACUGAAAGAAAGGUUUGCAAUGAAUUUAACACGGCCGAAGUCCUCCAAAGGGCGAAGCAGAACCGCUGUGGACAGCUCUUUUUUCGAUGAUUACACGGACUACAGCACCCAGAGGCCCCCUGUGUCUCCACACUCUCCUGCCGGGUCGGAGAGAAACCUCCGCUCCCAGUCCCAGCCUGCAAUGUGGCAGACCGGGCAGCAGAGCCAGGGUGAAGUCCUGCAGAUGCCCCAUCAGGUCCCCGCUGCUCCACCUCAGUCCUUAAACAAGUACAAGGUGCUUCCGUCCAUAGAGAGGAGACAUUCAGAGGUGAGAAGCCUAGAGAGACACAUGUCCAAGCUACACCUGUCUGAUGAUGCCACCCUGCAGCAAAGGCAGGAGGGGCCACAUCCCCCCAGAGGGAAAGCCAGCAGCUCUGCGAGGGACCUCCAAGUCUGGCCCAAGCACCCACCUGAUCCAGGACCACAAACAACCAAAGAAGCCCCUAGUAGUUUGCUCCUGGCUAUUAGGGCACCUUGUGGCAGGAGGUUUCAGCAGCACUUUAACCCAGGAGACACCCUGCUGCAGGUAAAGAUCAGUGCAGAGGCCAUGUAUGGAGUCCAGUACGGAGAGGCGUCAGUCGAGACCAUGGAUGUGCCGCGCAGGACCUUCACUGACAUGGAGAUGACUUUGGCCCAGUGUGGUAUUGUCAACAGAUCGGUUCUGUGCAUUUCUCACAAUGACAGCGAGGCGGAGAAAGAGUCAGGGUAAUGAUCAAGUGUUGAUAUGCUGUCGUAAUCUGGAUAAUUUGAAGUCCUUUCCGGCAAUCAAAAAUGUUUCGCUAAUUCUUUCUUGAAUCAGAUGAUCGACUUUCACUUUGCAGAAGGAGAGUUUGAUCUAAACAAAUCUCAGAAACAAAUCCCACAACUGGUUGGAGCUGAUCCCAGUGCAAUGUGAAACUCACACCAGUGAUGAUGAAAUCUGAACCUGCAGUGCACAUAUGCUCAGAGCUGACUUUUCAGCAAUAUUAAAGGUCACAUAUUAUCCUCAUUUUCAACCAGUUUAAAUAAGUCUCAGAGCUCCUCAAAAAUGUCUGUGAAGAUUCUUGUUCUAAAUCCACUCUGAUCCUGUAUUUGAUCACACCUAUAAACCCCUCUAUUUCAGCCCUGCUCAGAACAGGCUGUUUCUGUGUCUGUACCUUUAAAUAUGUAAAUGAGCUGUGUCUGACCACACCCCCUCUCUGGAAGGGGAUGUUGCUCUGGCUUUCUCGCUCCAUGUCCUACUGUUAACGGUGAGAAGGCAGACUCAGAGGGCAGAACAAACACCUAGCUGUGGGAGUGUCACCCACCAGGGGGAGGGGUUACUGCCCUUUGUGAUGUCAUGAAGGGAAAAUCUCCAAACGGCCUGUUUGAGCACACAUUUUCUGAAAAGUGGAGCAGGCAAAAGACGCAGAGGAUGGACUUUUCUCAUGAUUGGGGGUCAUCAUAAAAUUUGUAGGACUAGGGACUCAUAUUAGUGUUAGGAAAACAUGGUAAAGUAUAUUUUGCAUAAUAUGCAACCUUUAAAAAAUCUUCACAGAAGGAGUUUCAGAGCUCCAGAUUAUUGUUGUAUUGUUUUGUAAGAAUUUCAAACAGUUUUUUUUAUCCAUUUUGGAAAGAAAAAAAACACAUUUGGCUGAGUUUAUGUCGAGAGCAGGAUAUUUUCUUUGCAAAGUAGCGUACAACAUACAAGGACUUGGUGCUUCGGAGGAUGACAAACAUAUCAAAGAGAAUAAGAGAAACUUAAAAAUCCUCAAUACAAUUCAAAAAAGUAAAUGAAUGUGUAAAAUAAAGCCAUUGUUUUUAAUGUAAUGAUGAUCGAGCUGUGCAGUUUGUGCAAGAUAAUGAACAGACAAAUGUCUUUAAACUAAUCUGGACGUGACCUUUAAGAAUGUACACGUUGAGAUUUUGUAACUUUUAAUAAAAAUUUAGAGCGAUGACUUUCAGUAAUUCAUCUGA